ACUAUUAGCGGAUGGUUUGGGCUCAGAAGGAAAGGACUGCGUGAUGGAACUCGGCAGUUGGAGGGAAGGAAGGCAUGUGUAACUCCAGGGGGGAGACCCCUCAACCGUCUUACUUAAGUGCAACAGACACUUUUUCGUUUCAUGCGGUAAACGUGGACGGUAAAAAGACCUUCCGCUGCGUAAAACUGAAUCGACCCGGAAACAAAAUCUUUUAAAUCCUUGUACGCGCUCCCGAGGGGCGGGGGAAUUGAUGUGUCCGGAAGACAGUUCAGCUUCUCAGGUUGCUAAGCGACAAGGCGAGAGCUGCUGAGAGAACUGUGGCUGAGGCUGCUCCAAAACCCUGAGAACUGUGGCGGCGGCUCUGAAAUCCGGAGAUAGAGCGCGCGUUUCCUAGUCCAUCUUUCCUAGCGCAGGGAACCUUCCUCCGGAUAGUGUCCGGUGACGAGAAAAGGGUCGACAGUCCCUUCUAGGAAGAUCCGGGGCCGUACGUCUUCUCAGUUCCAGCGGCAGUGUUAGCGGGGUGGGAGUGCCACAGUGUUCUAGAAGAUGUGGUGUCCUGGAGUUCGCGCCUGCUGUCUGCUGUGAAGUGCAACUUUUCCAGAGUUAAAGAAAAAGAUAUUGAGCCUCUGCUUGGGAGGUGGAGGACAGAGAUUCCUUCUGCCAUCAGAUGUCUUUCUUCUUGACUGAACUACACCUGUGGUCUUUGAAGAAUACCUUGCACAUUGGGGAUAGAGACAUCGGCGUCUACCAGUAUUAUGACAAGAAAGAUUCAGCAGUGUUAUCUACAGAGCAUGGUAACUUAGAGGAAAAACAGAAGUUGGCAGAAUCACGAGAUUAUCCUUGGACGCUCAAAAAUAGACGCCCAGAAAAACUUCGAGACUCACUCAGAGAGCUGGAGGAACUGAUGCAAAACAGUCAGUGUGUGCUGAGCAAAUGGAAGAACAAAUAUGUCUGUCAGCUUCUCUUUGGUUCAGGUGUGUUGGUGUCUCUAAGUCUUUCUGGGCCACAGCUGGAGAAAGUGGUGAUUGACAGAAGCCUGGUGGGGAAGCUCAUCUCAGACACCAUCAGUGAUGCCCUUCUUACAGAUAGUUUCAUCCUCUUAUCAUUUUUGGCACAAAAUAAACUGUGUUUUAUUCAGUUUACUAAGAAGAUGGAUUCUCUUGAUGUAAACAAACGACUGGAAAAACUGUCAGCCUUGGAUUAUAAGAUUUCCUAUUGUGAAAUACCUGGCCCGGUAAAUAGGACAACAGAACGUCGUCUGGCUAUCAAUUGCAUUCAGGAUAUAGUUAUUUGUUGGUGGCCACUGGUCAGUGAUGAUGCUUGGCCGUGGGCCCCACUUUCUUCUGAGAAGGACAGAGCCAAUCUGCUGCUGCUGGGCUACGCUCAAGGAAAACUGGAGGUUCUGAGUUCUAUUCGCACAGAAUGGGAUCCACUGGAUGUUUGCUUCAGUGCCAAACAGCCUUAUCAGGUGUUCACAGUGGAACACUCCAUCAGUGUAGACAAACAGCCCAUGGCUGACAGUUGCAUUUUUGAUUGUGUUCGGAACAAAAUCCAUUGUGUAUCAGUCACCAGAAUACCACUAAGAUCGAAAGCUAUCAGCUGCUGCAGGAAUGUUGCUGAAGACAAACUGAUUCUGGGCUGUGAAGAUUCUUCAGUAGUUCUUUAUGAAGCUCAUCGUAGAGUGACUCUCUUGGCCCAGGCUGAACUUUUGCCUUCAUUAAUAAGCUGCCAUCCAAGUGAUGCUGUUCUGCUAGUUGGCAGCAACCAAGGGGAACUGCAAAUUUUUGAUAUGGCUCUGUCGCCUAUUAAUAUCCAGCUCUUGGCUGAAAACUGUUUACCCAAAGAGACUCUGCAAUUCAGUAAAUUCUUUGAUGUUUCCAGCAGUCUUGUUCAAAUGCAGUGGAUAGCUCCUCCAGUUGUUUCUCAGAAGCCUGAACGUGAGGAAAUCUAUGAUCGCCUCUUCCUCAGGCUUGACAGAGGACCGUUAGGUGUGCUUUUGUUUAAACUUGGUAUCCUCACUCAAGGACAGCUGGGCCCAGCAGACAUCAUCUUCCAGUAUAUUCACCAUGGUGAGAUCUGUGAGGCAAUAAACAUUCUGAGCACCAUGAACUGGGACACUUUGGGCCAGCAGUGCUUUAUCAGCAUGACUGCCAUUGUGAACCAUCUUCUUAGGCAGAGGCUCACUGCAGAGAGAGAAGCACAGCUUGAGGCAAGCCUUGGAACCUUCUAUGCUCCAUCAAGACCACUUUUAGAUACAACUGUCUUGGAAUAUAGAGACCGAAUCAGCAAAUAUGCAAGGAGAUUCUUCCAUCACUUGCUCAGGUACCAGAGAUUUGAAAAGGCAUUUCUCCUAGCUGUUGACAUUGGUGCUCGAGACCUGUUUAUGGAUAUCCAUUAUCUAGCCCUAGAUAAGGGUGAACUGGCGCUAGCUGAAGUGGCAAGGAAAAAAGCAAGUGACAUUGAUGAAGAGUCAGUAACCUUUGGAGUUGAAGCCGAGGAGGCCAGGCAGUGUGCCCCUGAGAAGGCAAUGUAUGAAGCUGGGAGAAUGAAGCUGAAAGUGGAGACUUCAGAAGUUUGGAGAAGCCAGGAACAUGGAUCAUCUAGGGAAAGGGGCUUGCAGCUGAGUGUUUGCCUUAUAUCUCAGAGGAGACUUGGGACUUGGACCUCACAGCAAUACUGAAACUGUUAGGACUUUGGCAGCUCUUACAGAUGGACUAAAUGCCUUUUGCAUAAAAGGAUGUGCGUAAGUCUUUGAGGGCCCAGAGGAGGAAUGUUAUGGUGUUAAUGUAGAUAGACUUAAUACUGGUUCUUAUAAAUUGUUAAACCUAUGUUAUAAUGUUCAAAUUAUAAAAUAAUAAUAAUAAGCAUGUCUGUGGAGACUUGUUUUAGAAAUGUGUCUGGUUGUCAAGUUGACAAGAGAUGGAUCGUUAUGGUUGAUACAUUGUGUCAACUUGAGAAGUAUAAGUGACUCAGCAGAAGGCUAAGGUCUUCUCUUGGCAAACAUUCUGAGCCUAUGCAAGAGGAAGUCUUCAGAGAUUUUGUGAUUGAUACACCUGCCGGGGUCGGGGAAUGGGAGCUGGGGGUAGUAGCCUGCUUACACUAUAAUGGAGGAGAAGAGCCUUGUUCUCUCCCCACCACUUUGGCUUUUGCUACUUUUGCUGUUUUCUGCCACCUUCAAAUGUUGCCUCUAUGCCAUGCCACCCUGCUUUGGAGCCAGCUUAUUAUGGGCUGAAACCUCCACAAACUGUAAGCUAAAUAAACCUCUCCUUCCUUAAGUUUGGGCGUCAGGUAUUUUGUGUUAGCAAUGAGAGAAAAGUAACCAAGACAAUGGCAUAAUACUGCUUCUCUCUGAUUAGUAGUUUGAUUUUUUAAAAAUUUUAUUAUUAUGGGAUAGAGAUUUAGCUCAGUGGUAGAGCAUUUGCCUAGCAUGCACAAAGCCCAGUACCACACACACAAAAAAAGUAGCUACAAUUUUUAAAGAAUAAAAAAAAGAGAUCUGUUUACUGCAACAAUGCCAAAAGUGAGUAUUUAUACUACUUAGAUAGCAUAGUACAGAAAAGUAACUUUGAGCACUGUUUCAUCCAGUCUGUAUGAGUAGAUGAGCUGACCACAGUAUUUCCUUUAAAAGGCUAAAUAUUGUUUGUAUCAUGGGAAUAUGUGUAAGUAUAUAAUAAAUGCUAAAGUAUAAAUAAAUUUUGGGAAAUAUACAUAAUAUAAGCAUUCAACUCAAAGAGUUUUGACUUAAGUGACUAUAUAGAUAUAACUGGAUCCAAAUCAUGAAACUGAAUUAUUUUAGCACCUCAAAGAACUACUUUGUCCCCCCUUCUCAUACCUCUAAAAGAUAUGCAAUUUUGCCUUUUAUCACUGUAAAUUAAUGCUGAUUUUGAAGACCAUUAUGCAUCCUUCUCAACAAGUAAGGGCACUCGUAUAUAUGUACACACUGUAGAAAGUGUAAGAUGACCAUGUGUGUCUUUGUGGGCAGUGGAGUAACUUUAUUUCACUUAAUAUUACAUUUAUAAAAUUCAUUCAUGCUGAUAUAUAUAUAUAUAUAUAUAAUUCUAUUAUCUUCCAGUUUAUUUAUUUUGUCACAGGUAGACAUUUGGGCUGUUUCUAGUUUGGCAAUACGUAAACAUUCACCUAUAAGUCCUUUGUGAAUUUAAGUACUACUUUUUUAGGUUUGAUACUUAAGAUUUGAACUGCUGGAUUUUAUAAUGCAUGCAUAUAUCCAGCUUUUGUAGAUACUUCUAAAGAUUAGUCAAGAGUAAACUGUAGAAGUUUGUUUCAGGACACAAGAAUUACAUUUUAUCCUAAUGCUUUCCAAAACUUUAUGUAUGCUCCAUCCCCUAACUACCACCACUAUGUAUAUAUUUUUUUGUACGGGGGAUCAAACUCAUGGCCACGUGCUUAUGUCACUGAACUAAAUUCCAAGCCCCACCACCACUACUUUUUCCCUUGGGAGAGGGAUAAUAGUGGUAGUAAAUUGUUGAAUUCAUUGGGGGUGAGUAACAAUAGUAAAUGAUUGAAUUUAAUUUCUAUUUCAUUGAUGAUCCAUGAAUUGACUAUUAUUUAUAUGUUUAUUGGCAAUUUGGGUUUAUCUUUCAUGAAGUGCUGUUUCAAAAACAUUCCCAUUGUUCUGUUGAGUUAUUAUCCUUUUUUUUGUAAAUUUCAGAGUGCUUCACUUACUCCUUUUGUAAAUCUUUUAAUUUUGUUUGUUCCUUUAUUUUUAAGAUAGGCUCUGGCUAAGAAGUUCAGGCCUGCCUUGAACUCACUAUGUAGCACUGGCCUCAGAUUCCUGGUGAUCCUCUUGCCUAACCCUCCUAAGUACUGGGAUUAUUGGUGUGUGCCAUCAUGCCUGGCUUCCUGCUGAACAUCUUUGGUUGGAUAUGCAGACAUUUCCUCCCUCUUGCGUUAGCUUUUUGCUUUUUAAAUAACAUUUAAAUUACUCUCGCUGAAUAGAUGUUUACUAUUAACAUAUUCCAGUUUAUCUAUUUUUAAAUUCUUUAUUGUAUUUUAGAUACUCUUUAAAAAAAAAAAGUUUGCCAUACACUAAGGUCAUGAAGAGACUUCCUGUGUUUUACUUAGAUCUUAAUCCAUCUAGAAGUAAUUUUUGAACAUGAGCAGUUUUUAAAAAAUGUUUUGCCACACAGAUUUGCAAAUGACCCAGAAACAUUUAUUUUAAAAGAUUAUUCUUCCUAUUUGUUACUAAAGUAUCAACUUUGUCAUAAAUCAAGUGGCCAGAGUACAUGCAGUAUUUGUUUCUGGCUACUUUGAUUCUACUUGUCUAUUCUUGGAUCAGUAUCACUGUCAGUUAUAGGUUUAUAAAAGGUUGGAUUAUUAGUACUGUCAAGUCUUCUAGGUGUGUUGUUCUUCAGAACUGCUUAAGUUUUUCUUAGUCCUUUCCAUUUCCAUUUUACAAUCAAUUGUCAAUUUAUCAAAAACAAAACAAAAAACUAUUGUGGGCCUAAACCAAAGAGGUUAUGAUAGUUACAUAAACAAGAUAAGCUCAAUCCACAUACCAAUCCUCCCAAAAGAAUGUAACUAUGAUGUACUGCAAAAAUACACUAAUUUUUUUAAAAGAUGUUACAAAUUGCCCACGUAAAUAUGCCCUAUAAGUUCUAGAAAACUGUCUUAAUUCUCAUGUCUUCAAUAUUUUCAAGUUUUAAUUAAGGUUUCUUUUUUGAUCCAUGUAUGACAUGCAAACAUGUUUUUUAAUUCUUUAAAGUACUUCUAAGUUUAUUUUGGUCAGAGAACGUGAUCUUUAUGUGUGAUUACAUUCUUUUACUUUUUUUACUUUAUUUAACUGCAUGAGUUCUAAUAAAUGUUCUGUGUAUUUUGAUAAAAAUGAGCAUUCUCUGGCUGAGUUCAGUGUUCAAAAUAUGUCUCUUAGGCACUGGAGAUAUAACUCAGCAGCAAGGUGCCUGGCCUGCCAAGCACAAGGUCCUGAGUUUGAUUCGUGGUUUCAAAAAAAAAAAAAAAGCCUUGGUUCAACUUUUUAAAAUAUAUUUCAUUCAAAACUAUAUUUAUUUUAUUUGCUUGCUCAAUUAAUGAAAACAGUAGAUAAAACCUCUCCCUUUGAUACUGCAUUUACCUGUUUCUCUUUAGUUCUGUCCAUUUUGUAUGGUAUUGAUAAAGAUUGUAUUAUGUACACCACAGCUUUAGAAUUAUAUGUUCAGUGAAUUAAAUCUUAGUUAAGAGGCAUAGAGUUUUAGUAGUAUUCUUUUCCUUAAUGUUUAUUUUAUUUGAUAUUAAUAUAUCUGCUCCAUUUAUUAGGAGAAUCUCAAUUCUCCAUUUAUUUAUUUAAUAACUACCUCUUUCAGUAGUAGUUAUUAAGUAUGCCAUUUGCUUUUGACUUUUCCAAGGUCUUAUAUUUUAGGAAUAUAUUAUAUAUAUUAUGUAUAUAAAAUUUCCAAAAUUCAAAAAACCCAGAGCAUAUGAAAAGAUGCUUAUGUCAUGUAGUGAAAUUCAAAUUAAGACAACAAGGAAAUAUUACUAUGUAUCUGUUGACAGAAGUCUAGAAUAUUGAUAUCAAAUGUUAGUGACAAUGUGGAGCAACAGGAAUUCUUAUUCAAUGCUGAAAUUUCAAUAUGCAAACAUUGAUGGUGUUUUAAAAAACUAAACAUAUACUUAACCAUAUUUCUCAGAAAUUGCAUUCCUUUGUAUUUACCUAAAGAGUUUAAAACUUAUAUUCAUGUAAAAUUCUAUACACUGGUGUUUAUAACAGCUUUAUUCAUAAAUGCCCUAACUUGGAAGCAGCCAUAUUGUCUUUCAGUAGAUGAAUGCCUAAACUGUGGUACUGCCAACAAUGAAUCCAACACUUAAAAAAUGAACUAUUAAUAAAAAUAUAUACAUAAAUACAUAAAUAAAUACAUUAUGCAUUAUAACUGAAGAAAGAAGCCGGUCUGAAAGGCUACAUGUUAUGCAAUUCUAAGUAUGUGAGAUUUUGGAAAGGUAGAACUCUAGAGACAGUAAAAAGACCAGGAUAGGAAGAAAAGAGCAGUGAAUGGGUAGCGUACAGAGAAUUUUUUUUUCUUUUGGCACCGGGGGUUGAAUUCACAACCUUGUGCUUACCAAGCAAGUGCUUGAACAAUUGAGGUAAUCCCUGGUGCCAAGUACAGAGAAUUUUUAGAUCAAUGAAAAUUCUCCAAUAAGGUAUGUCAUUGUAUAUUUGCUAAAACCAAGAGAAGGCACAACACUAAUAGCAAAAACUAAUACAAAUUAAUAUCCUGAGUGAAUACUGAUGUGUAAAUGUAGGUUCAUCAGUUGUAACAAAUGUACCACUUCUGCAUGGGAUGUAGAUAAGGGUGGAGGCUGCACUCAUGUGAGAACAGGUGUUUACAUAGCUCUAAAUGCUGUAUUUUGUGGCUUCUCUAUAUGUACUUCUUUGUGGAAAUAAGGUAAAUUUUUAUGUAUUGAUCUUGUAUGCUGUGACAAAGUAAAAAGGAGACUGAAAAAGACACAUAAUACAACUGGUAGAAAAAUAAGGGUGGCUCAUGAGAAAAUCUGAAUCGCAAUUCUGGAAUCUUUAUAGUAAACCUUUUAUUUCCUGAGGUUACUUCAUAGAAUAUAUGUUCCUUGAAACUAAACAUCAAAAACAAACAAACAUUUAUCAAAGUACAGUGGUCUUUGUUUACCAAUGCCUCAUACCUGGAUUACCUAUAAACUUAUGAUUCCCUUGUUUUAGAUGGCAUGGUGUUACCUACCUCUUGGCUUUCCUGGUGAUUUAACUGAAUUCUGUACUUUCAAUCCAAAGUGUUACACAGAAUCCAAUGAUGCUAGAUUCCUACAGAGAGGAUUUACACUUAUUCUAUUUAAAUCAAAAGAACCAAGGGCAAAUAACUUAAUCUAAUCCGGGUGUAAGUUAAAAUGAAGAAGGGGUAUAGUAUUGAAACAGUCCAUUCUUUCUCUGGACUUCCCUGAUUCUUAGAGUGAGUGUCAUUAUAUAUCUAAGUAUAUUAUUACUUAGGUAUUACUUAGGUAGUACAUAUGUAAUUUAAAGUAAAACAUAGAAUUUAAAUUUUUUGAUCCCAAUUUAUAUUUGUUCUCAGAAGGAACAUUUAUAUAACGGUAAAUUCUCCCAUUCUACAAGAAAAAGACUUUUAAGGUAUUUCCUUUUCAUGUUACAUUCUCUUUUAUUCUCCUUGUCUUAAAUUUUAUUUUAAAAAACAGUAUUUGUACCUCUUUAUGGGACACAUUACAAUUUGAAGUUUUUUGGUUGCUGUUCACUCAAAAAUUAUUGAAGGCCUACUGCUUGUCAGGAAUUCUUUAUAUUAUAAAAAACACAAUUUCAUAACAAAGUAAGAGAAUAACAAUAAUUAAUAUAUAGUGUAUCACUAUCUUCAAAGUAUUUAUCAGAGUAUAAGACAUAAACAGAAAACAUUCUCAAAAAAAGAUAAUAGCAUAACCUUUGUUUUCAAUGAUAUAAGAGGAACUAGUAGCAUACAUGACACAAGUUAGAAUGCUGCAGUUCCCACUAGCCUCAGACCCACAUGAACAUGGAAAACUUGUGCACCACCUGCUUCUGAUACUGCAGCCCACUAGAUCCCUGUGUCAGAGUAGGAGGAUCCAGGAAGCAUGUGCACUGCUCCAGUUGAUGGUAUUGUCCUACCCCCAGAGACUGGUGCCAAAGGAGUACACAGAAAGCAUAUGCCUCCUCAUCCAACUGACAUCUACCAGACCCUGAACUAGACCCAAGAGGAAACAUGCACCCCACCCCACCCAGCAUUGAUGCCCUAAGGGCCCACAUCAGUGCCAGGAAAACCCAGAAAUCACAUGCCCUACCUCCAUUCCCAGAGUUCUCCAUAGCACAGGGCAACAGAGUUGAUAACCUACAGGUGAACCUGACAGAAAAAGAAGCUAACAUUGAGGGAGAAUUUCCCACAGGACUGAAGUGACACAUUACCACUGGGUGAAAAACAGAGUUGGAGAUACGUGUAGAGGAUAAGAGCUAAAUAAGGACCACCAGGGGUCCCUGGGAGGCCUGUGCUCACAACAGAAAGAUCACGGUGUCUGUGUUCUCUUGUGGGGGCCCAAGUUUGCCGGGAGUAAUUGUCAGGAAGGGCAAUCCUGAAGAAGAAAUAUAACCUAGUGAUAUGUUUGAGCUCUGGAACUGCUGCCAGAAUCCAGUAGAAAUUAGUGCUCUUAUUAUAGCUCAAUAUAAGGGGAGCUUAAUUUCUUUCACCAAAAUUAGAGUCCACUUUGUUUUGGUGAUGGGUUUAUGAGUGGUUCCUAGGAUUUGUCAAUAUCCAGUUGGCAGUUGAUGCCAUUGUUGUGCUAAAUGUACCAUCAGAGACAACAUAGUAGGGACUGGCAGUUAGUUUUCUCUCUAUGGCAGUACCUGAAUUGCCUGAUAUCGAGGAUGGGAGGAUGACAGGGUCAUAAACAAUUCUGUGACUUGCUCCCAAAGAAUGGGGCACUGGGCCAAAGAAUGUGGAAAUCCCACUACAAACAAAAUGAGAAAUAUGAAGAAAAAAAAAACAGCAACAAAAUGCCUCCAAAAACUUGCAACUCCCCGAAAAUUGGGACAAGGGGCACAGAGGGAGAAGAAACCAUAAAUUACACAGCAGAUAGGACUUAAAGGGCACCAAUGUAAGUAGAAGAGUCUAUAUGGUGCUUGGUAAACUUAAAGAUUAGUAAUUACAUAAUGAAACAAAUGAUCCCUGAGUCCAAAGAAGACACAAAUAAACAGCUAGAAGAACUAAGGAAAGCAAUGCAAAACAUGAAUGCCCAUCAUAGAAAAGAAUGAGAGUCAAAAAGAAGUUCCAAUUAGAAAUCCAGGAGACUUAAAAACAAGUCUGAAAGUACAGGUAGCAGAAACAAUGUGAGAACAGUGUCAGAUCCAGAGGACAGUGCUGUGGUCAAUGAUUAAUUAAUGAGAGAUAGCUUAAAAAGAAUAAGGUGACAAGAAAAUGGACCCAAAAGCUCCCGGAUGACUUAUAUAAAAGUAAUUUGAAUUAGCAAAAACUCAGAAGACAAUACAAAGGACAUAAACUUGUUUAUACAAGCAAUAGCAAAAAACUUUUCAGGUAGAAAGAGAAAUAUAAACAUAAGUGAAACAUACAGAACCCUGAAUAGCCAUUAUAAGAAAAAGAAAUACAACACAUCAACAGAAAUCUAAAGGCUGCUAGAGAAAUCACCUAUAAAGGAAAAACAUUAUAUUUACAACAGAUUUCUAAUACCUUAAAGGCAAGGAGAGCAUGGAAUGAAAAGGGUCAGGCUCUUAGAGAAAACAGUUUGUAAAUUCAGACUGUUGUAUUCUGCAAAGUUAUUUUCAAAUUGAUGGAGAACUGAGAUACUUCUAUAACAAAGACCUAAAGAUAUUCAUUAAUACCAACCAACACACACAAAUGCUGAAGGAUAUCCUCCAACGUGACAAUGAAGAUAGAAAUACCAAAAGGUCCAAUAAAAGGAAUACAUCAGUUAGGGCUAGAAAUUAAGUAGAAGGGGGAAAAAAGUCAUAUAGCAACAGGAAAUUAAUAGAGUCACAGAAAUAAGUCAAUACUAAUCAUUUAUACACAAUAUAAAUGAACCCAACUCACUAGUCAAGACACACAUUAAUAGAAUGGAUCAAGAAACAAAAUCCAACAGUAUACUGUAUACAAAACACAUUCAACACAAAAAGAAUUUUAUACAUAAAAUCCAAGGAUUGAAAAGAAUAUUCCACAUGACAGAACCAAAAAAAGAGCAAGCACAACUAUCCUAUUUUCAAAGUGAGUUUUAAGCCACGAUGAUGAAAAGAGGAUUCAAAAGAACAUUAUAUACUGAUUAUUGGAACUUCAGUGGUCCCUCAGUUCAUGAAUUUACUUCUUUCCAUGAUUCUAGUUGCAAAUCAUAUUGGAUGAGAACCAAAAUCAAAUUCAAUCAUUAGGUUCACUGUUGACCUUAUGAGGAAAUUUUAUUUGGGUCUCAUCCAAUUUUGUUUAUGACCAGAAACGUGGACAGAAUUAAGUUCAUUAACAGAGGUUCCACUGUAUUCAAUGGAAAGCAGUUACUAACAUGUAUGCAACAAACCACUGUGUACUAAACUUCCUAAAACAAACUCUAGUGGACAUAAAAGAUCAGAUAUACAUCACUGUGAUUAUAGUGCAGAAUCUUCAUUCCCCCAUCACAAAUAGAUAAACUAAACAAAGAAGUCAAGAAAUAAAUGUCAAAAUUGAACCAAACUUUCGGACAAGUGAAAAACAGGUAUAUAGAGUGUUCCACCAAACAACAGAAAACACAUUCUUUUCAGCUACACGUGGUACUUUCUCCAAAAUAGAUCACAUAGUAAUGAAUAAAACAUGCCUAAGGAAAUGCAAAAGAAUCAAAAUUAUAUCAUGCAUAAUACCAGAUAACACUGUAAUAAAACUAGAAAUAAAUAGCAAAAGAAACCACGGUAAAUAUCCAGAAAUUUGAAAAUUAAGCAACACAUUCGUGAUCAAUCAAUAGGUCACAGAGAAAACUAAGGAAAAAAAUAAAACAGUUGCUAGGAUUAAAUGAUAGUGCCAGUGCAACAUAUCAGAACUUCUGGGACACAAUGAAAGUAAUCUUACCUUAUAGCAGUGAAUGUCUACGUCAGAAAAAUAGAAUAAGCCCCCCAAAAUAACCUAACAAUCCAUCUCAAGGUUUAGAGAACCCCAGAACUUGUGCAAGGAAGGAAAUUACAAAGAUCAGAACAGAAACUAAUGAGAUGGAGAUAAUAAAGACGAUACAAUGAAUUGAAUCAAAGAGCUGGUUUCUUAAAAGAAUAAGUUAGACAAACUGUUAGCCAAUCUUACCCCAAAAAGGAAAGAAAAGACAAAUUAAUGCAAUUAGAAAUGAAAAAAGUGAAAUCAUAACAGACACUGUUGAAAUGUGGAUUAUUGGCCACCACUUUAUAAACACAUACGCCAAACAACUGGAGAACUCAGAUGAAAUGAAUGCUUUCCUAGACACAUAUAAAUUGCAAAAACUGAACCAAGAAGACUUAAAAAUCUUGACCAAUCCAAUAGCAGGCAAUUAAAUAGAAGAUGAAAAAAAAAAAAAAAAAACAACUAAGAAAAGCCCAAGACAAGAUGGAUUCACAGCUAAAUUCUACAGGAACUUCAGAGAAGAUCUUCUCUUUAUGACCUUGAGGAGAGAGUAUUUCUAAAUCAUUCUCAGAUGCUAAUAUUAUCCUUCCCCCCAAACCAGACAUACAUUCAAUCAUAAAAAAAUUAUAGGCCAAAUUGUCUAAUAAACAGACGCAAGAAUCCUUAACAAGGGCCAAGGAUAUAGUUGUUAUACAGAUUUAGUGCAAUCCUUGUCAGAAUAUUAGUGUCAUUCUGACUGCUAGAGAAAAGAAUUCUAAAAUUUAUUUGCAAUUAGAAGAGAUCCAGAAUAGCAAAAACAAUCCUGGAUAACAAAAGCAAAGCAGGCAAUAUCAUAAUCCUAGAUUUGGAGUUAUGCUACAAAGCUAGCAAUUAAAACAGCAUGGUACUAACACUAGACAGGCAUUUGGAUCAAUGGAGCAAAAUAGAAAAAGCAGAAACAACCCCAGAUAGAGGUAUUUGAUCUUUGAGAAAAGAGCCAAAACCUUGCACUGGAAGAAAGAUAGCCUCUUUAAGAAAUAGUGCAGGGAAAACUGGGUAUCAACAUUCAGAAAAAUCAAAACCCAAACAUCUCACAAUGUACUAAACUAAAAUAAAAAUGUGUCAAAGAUCUAAAUGGUAAUAUAAAGCAAUGUUCUAGAAAAUUAAGUACAAUUCUUGAAGACACAGACAUAGGCAAAGACUUUCUAAACGGAACCCCAACAGCACAAGAAAUAAUACUUGGCAUCAAAAAAAUGAGAUCAUAUCAAAUUAAAAGCCUCUGUACCACAAAUGAAACAACCAACACAAUGAAGAGACAGUAUAGAAUGCGUUAAAAAAAAAAAAACUUGCCACCUAUUCCACAGACAAAAAACUAACACAUAUAAUAUAUGAAGAACACAAAAUAUUAGAUCCCCUUGAAAAAACUCAAAAAAUAGGUAAUCCAAAUGAAGAGACACUUCUCAAACUAUGAAUUUCAAGUGGUGAGCCAGUGAUAUCUAUAUAGGCUGGGAAGAGGAUCAAGAAGCCAAACCACUCCUUCUCAUGAGCCAGUGGCAGCCAUGUGCAUAUUCAAUUUUAUCGCAUAAUUUACUGAAGAGUCUAUACUUUGUCCACUCUAUGUUCUUGCUGACUUUGUCAAAAUAAAUUUCUUUUGUGUACAUGGGGUAAAUUCUAUGUACUGUAUUCUGUUCUAUUGGUCUAUGUGUCUGUUGUUACGCCACUAUUUUUUUUUGAACAAAAUGACUCUGAAGUAUAUUGUGAUUUCAGGCAUUGUGAAGCUUCCAGCUUUUCCCUCCUAAAAUAAUUUUGGGGUUUUUUUUUUUGCGUCUUUUAUUUUUCCAUAUGAAUUUAUGAAUUUUUUGUGACAAAAGAUAAUAAUAUUUUAAUAAGAAUUACAUUGAAUCAACAGAUCAAUUUGGACUGGGUGGGGUGUUUUUGGUUUUGGUUUUUUGUUUUUGUACCACGGAUUGAACUCACAACCUUAUACUUGCUAGGCAGGCACUUAUCCUGCUCAGUUAAAUCUCUGGCUGGAUAGUCAUUUUAACAAUAAUCCUAAUCCAUGAACACAGGAUAAAUUUCCAUUUCUGUGUCUUCCAUUAUUUCUUUCAUUAGCUCUUUUUUUAAUAAUUACUAUUUACAGAUACUUGACUUUAUUUGUUAAACAUAUUCCUAAAUAUUUUGUUUUCUUAUCUGUUGUGGAUGGGAUUUUUGAAUCCUUUUUCAGCACAUUCAUCACUGGUGUACAGAAAUGUUCCUGUGUUUUCGAUGUUGUUUUUUGUAACCUGUAACUUUCUGGAUUCAUCAGUUUUAAGAUGGGAAUAUUUUUUUCUAUGAAUAAAAUCAUGUGAUCUGAAAACAUGGAUAAUUUCUUCCUUCCCAAUCUAAAUGCCCUCUCUUUCCCUUAAGACUUCUAAUAUUUUAUUAAAUAAGAAUAGUAAAAGUGGACAUCCUUGUCUUAUUGAUACAAGAGAAGAUCAUUUUAGGGUUUCCCCAUUUGGUAUGAUAUUGGCUGUGGGUUUGUCAUCUAUAGCUUUCAGUAUUUUGAGAUGUAUUUUAUACUCAAUAUGUUGAAAUUUGUAUCAUGAAGAAAUUUUGAAUCUUAAAUGCUUUUUUCUGCAUAUGCUUUUAUUCUUCAUCCUACUGAUGUGUUGUAUAACACUUAUUAUUUAUUAUUUGAACUAUCCUUACAAUUCUGGUAUGAAUACAACUUGUUGAUCAUACAUGAUCUUCUGAUGUGCUGUUGAGUUUGGUUUGCUAGUUUUAUUUCUUCUGUUUUUGAGGCAAGGUAUCAUUAUAUGGUCCAGGUUGGCCUUGAACUCAUUAUGUAACCUAGGCUAUCCUCAAAUUCAUGGCAGUAUGCCUACCUUAGCCACCUCAGUAUUGGCAUUACAGGGAUGCACUAUCAAGCUCAGCUUCAGUUUGCUAGUACUUUAUUGAGAUUUUUUACACAUAUGUUUAUCAAGGAUAUUGGUCUAUGAAUUUCUUUUUGCUGUUGUAUUUUUGUGUAGUUUUGGUAUCACGAUAAUGCUUCUGUAUAAUAAGAGUUUGGUUGAGUUCCUUCCAUUUCAGUUUUUUAGAAGAGUUUAAAAAGAACUGGAGAAGCAGCCAGCCCUGGCAUGCACACAGGCCUCCAUUAGGACUCUCCUGAAGGUAGUCAGUGCUGGCCAAGAGAACUGGUCAGCCAUGCCUUGGAGAAGCCCACUCAGCACUCUCACUGCUUUCUAGGGAACCUGGGUUAGGAGUAACCCAGGUGCCUGACCCAUCCCCCUACACCACGGAUGGAUAGUGAACAUGGGAAGCCUGGGACAUCACAAUCUGUCAGGAAAAUGUCAAGACAAAGGAGCAAAAUCCAAUCUUAGACCUACAGCCCAAACAGAACAAGUCCAGGAGACAUGGAUAUGGAAGAAAGAGGAAGUUUCACACCUGAAAUUUCUGGGGUGAUGGCAACUGAAGUAAAGAAACUACCUCAUGAUAUUGUAAAAAAAAAAUCAGAUCAGAAAUAUCUCAGCUAAAAGAAAUGACAAACAUGAUAAAAAGGUUGCUGAGCAUAUCUAAAGAAGACAUACAUUUUUUAAAAAGAGCAUAGGAUAAUGAGGGAAACCUUGAGUGAACAAUAUAGAGAAGAAUUGGAAUGCGUGAAACAGACUCAAAGAGAUAUCCAGGAAAUUAAAUACAACAUUUAAAGCUGGCAGAACUGCUUGAAAGAAACUGAAGAUUAACUUUCAGACCUUCAAAACAGGAUAGCAGCUAGCAAUUGUGAAAGGAAAGAGCUCUUAAAAAUAACAAAGGGACCAGGAAAUAAUAAUUCAAUGGUUGCAACACGAUGCAAAGAAAAAUAGUUUAAGAAUGAUAGGUGUCAGUGAAAAAACAAGAGUCAACACAAAUGACAUACAGAGAUUAUUUAUAGAAAUAAUAGCAGAAAGCUUCCCAAGCAUGAGAAAAGGAUCUGGCAGACAGAAAAGUGAGGCAUAUAGAACUCCAAAUAGCCAUAACCAAAGUAAAUUAUACCCAGACAUAUAAUGAUCAAGAUCCCAGAAAGACAGCACAAGAACAGCUUAUUAACACUAUUGAAGAAAAACAGAUCACCUACAUCAGAAUCACAGCAGACUUCUCAACUGAGACCAUAAAGUCAGGAAGAGCUUGGAGUGAAGUAUUUUAAGUCCUGAAACAAAACAAUUUCAACCCAGAUUAAUGUACCCUGCAAAACUAUAUUUCAGAAGUAACGGAGAAAUAAGAUACUUCCAUGACAAGAGGACAACUGAAGGAAUUCAUGACCACUAAACCAAAGCACUACAAAGCAUAUUAAAGGAUAUUCUAGAGAGAGAUAAAGAUGACCCUGGUCCCAGGAACAGCAGCAGAGUGGGAUCACCAAGUGGAGCAAGCAGUUAAAUGUGGGAGUAAAGUAGGCAGCUAACAGCAAGAAAAAAGCAUGGCAGAGAUGAACCAGUGCAGGUUGGCCAUAACCAUUACUGUAGAUGUCCUCAGUUCACCAAGAAACAUAGGCAGAGUGGAUCAAAAAACAAGAUCCAUCAAUAAAAAGAAAUUCAUAGGCUGAAAUAGGAGAAAAAAACAAUACUCCAUGCAACAGGAAUCAGAAAAAAUCCGGGGUAACUUGCCAUGCAGAACAAAUAAGAAAGAUACGACAUUUUUAUACAAUGGAAAGCUACUCAGCUAUAAAGAAGGAUAAUCUCAAGGCUCUUGUAAGUAAAUGGAUGCAACUCGUGAUCAUGUUCUUAGGUGAACAUCACAUUGUCUCUCUAGUAUAAAAAACCGAAGGAAUUAGUGGGAUCCAAAAUGUACAAUAUAUACUGUGGAAGGGAAAAGGAGAGAAGUGUCUAAAAACGGAAUGUGGUAGCCAUUGUUAAUUCCCUAUUAUUUUAUUGUAAACUCUGGUAUCAUUUUGUUUUGUUUUCCUUGGUUUUAUUGUUUUGUUUGGUUUUACUUUAUUGUAUCUGAUGGCAUGGACAGCUAUCUUGAAGAUAACAAGAUAUAUUAUGGUAGACAUUGUUGAUUUCCUAUUAUCUUGUUUUGAUGUCCUAUAUCACUCUCAUUGUUUUGAUUAGUUUUCUUCUGUCUGUUUUAUUUGAUUUUGUUAGGUGUGAUAGUAUGGGCAGCUAUUUUGAAGAUAACAAGAAGCAUUACAGAAGCCAUUGUUGAUUUCCUGUUACCUUGUUUUGAAGUUCUGUAUCACUUUCACUAUUUUGUUUUGAUUAGUUUUAUUCUGGUUGGUUUUAUUCUUUCAAAAAUUAAACUUUUUUAAAAAGGUGAAUUGGAAUUAGUUGCAUAAACGUUUUAUACAUUUCUGUAGUCAAGUCAACUGAAAUUUUUAAUAGAAUAGAGAGUUUUGAUUACUGCUUUUAGCUUUUUCAUAUAAGAGAAAUAAUACCAUAUUUAAGCUUGUAUGUCUAAUUUACUUAACAUCAUCUCAGGGUACAUCCAGUUUUCUACAUAUAACUUGUUUAUCCUUCUUUAUGGCAGAUUAGUACUCCAUUGUGCAUAAAUAUGUUUUCUUAUUCAUUUAUGAGCAGGCACUUACACAAUUGAGCUAAAUUCCUGAACUUAGAAUUCUGUCUUUACUUUUGACAUUUUGACUGUAAUAUCCAUUAGUGAAAGUCUGUCUUAGGGUCCUUUGAAUUUCUUGUAGUUGGUUAUCCACAUAUCUUUGAAGUUCUUGGAAUUUUUCAGCUAUUAUUUCAUAGUCAGUGCCUUAACCUUUUCUUUCUAUAAUUCCCAUAAUGCAAAUAUUUGUUUACUUAAUGGUGUCACAUAAGUCCACAGACACCCUUUUUCCUUUCCUCCCUUUUCCGCCCUCCCUACCCCCUCCUCUUUGCUUCCUUUCCCUUUCCCCAAAAGAGUAGUCCUCAAGUUCAGAAAUUUUUUUUCUAUUUUUCUUAGUUUGCUGUGGAAGCUCUCAAUUGUAUUUUUUGUUUCAUUGAUUUCUAAUUGUUUCUUUUUUAUGGUUUCUUUUUUGGUCAAUUUCACAUUCAUUUCCUAAAUUGUUUCUCUUAUCCCUUUGUACUCACUCUAUUUCAAUCAUUGCAUUUCCUUAGAAUCACUGUUUGAAAUCUUUUUAAUAAAUUUCAUAGAUUUCCUUCAAAUUGGUAUUACUCUAUAAUUAUGUUUCUUUGAAUGUUUCACAUAUCCCUUCAGCUUUCUUGUAUUCCUACACUGAUGUCUGUGCAUAUGGUAUAUACCUUCUCCAAUUUUAUGGAGUAGCUUUUCUAGAAAAAUAUUUUUAUUUAGAUGAGAUGUAGGAUGUCAUCUGACUAUGUUUUGGUUAUAUAUCCUCUGGUAUUUCUUUGGCUAUGAUUAAUAUUUGCGGUGUCUGUAAGUGCCUCAGUAAUCUAGAUUGCAGGUAUAAAAGUAACUGUAUGGUUUUUUAGCAGAUGUAGGCUUCCAAGGGUGCAUUCCUCAGGUCCCACAUAGUUAGGGACUGAUGGCAUUAGGGCUUAUUACAGCAGCUGCUGUGGAGAGGAAUUUCUUUGAGUACCAUGGGCUAGCACAAGUGACACCAGGGUUUGUGGCCCCAGUAGCCAUAGUCCUUGAGCACAGAAUAUAAAGGUGACUUUCUCCUGGUCCAUUCGGAUGGAUAUGGGAGAUCUAGGGCUAUGAUACCAGCAGCCACACUUCUAAAACCAUGGUAUAUGAACUUCUUCAGGUCCUACAUGAUGAGCAUGGAUGAUACUGGGAUCUGUGGCACUGGUAACUCUGGAUUUAAGAUUAUGAGACACAAAGGGGACCUUCUGCAGGUCCUGUCAGGUGACUGCCAUUGCUGCUAAGGCCUACAGCAUUGGUAUCCACAGUCCUGGAGCUGCAGAGCAUGAAAAGGAUCUUCACCUAGUACUGAGAGACAGGUGUGUGUAAUGCCAGUAGCUAUAGUCCUAAGGCCAUGAGAUGGGAGGAGAACUUUCCUAGUUACCACAGGAUAAGUCCAGAUAGUGCCAGUGUUUCGUAGCUGUGUUUCUGAUUUGUGGGAUUCAGCAGGGACCUUUCCCAGCACUGUAAGUGAUGCCAGAACGUUUAUACCAGUGGCUGCAGUCCUAAAGUGUUGGACUGAAGAAAAGCUCUUUUCUAGUUCCCAUAGGGCAAGUGUUGAAAGGGCAAGAGUCCCAGGCUUGGGAUUCUGGACAGAUUUAAGGUUUCUGGUGGUGUCAGGGGCCAACUGCUGACCCUACGCAGAGGCAUAUGGCAGAGGCUGUCAUAGCAGUCUGGGUUCUGAGGCUUGGGAGAGGUCCAACGUGAGUUCCUUCUGUGAAGUAGAGCAGUUGCUCUUAGGCCAGCUAGCUCCCCAACGGGAGCCUAUGAAGAUUGAGGAAUUAUCCUAUAAUUAAGACUGAUUAUUUGCUGCUGCAGCAGAAGAUACUUUCCACUUUCCACUUUAUCUUUUCCAAUGAUAUGCCAUUAUACCCUACCCUACCCCUGGGUUGAAGUUACAAUUUGCUUUGUUCUUUUCUCUAGAUGACUUUUCAACUCUUGUGCUGUUUGGGGUUCCUGUCACUUUCUUGCAGAUUUUCAGAGUUCUCCUUCAAUUAUUCUCUUCAAAAUAUAUAUAUAUAUAUAUUUUUAUUGCCUGGUUCUUUGCAAAGGCAGAGCUCUGCAACACAACACCUCUUAUUCAGCCAUCUUGGCUUCUUUUAUCUUUCAAGUAAGUUAAAAUACUACGUAUACAGAUUGAGCAUGCCUUAUUUAAAAUUAUUGGAGUCCAUAAGGGUUUAAGAUUUUGAAUGUUUUGUAAUUGUGGUUACUUGCAUAUACAUAAUGAGAUAUUUGAGGAUUAAACAACAGAUUGCUUUAUAUGUUUACAUACACCUUGCCUAAAGGUAAUUUAAUACAAUGUUUUUAAGUGUACCUGAGUUUUGACAGUGAUUAUUCACAUGAAGUUAGUUAUGAAAUUUUCCUGUAGUGACUGGCAUCAUGUCAACACUCUUUCAAGAUUUCAGAUUUUUUGAUAUGGAAUGGUCAACUUAUAUUAAAAUGUAGUGUCAGGAAAUACAAAUAUCAAGAAGGCAUAAUAUAUGAAUCAAGUUUUCAGGGUAAAAAUUUUUGCAAAAAUUAUAAAUUUAAGAGUCAUAAGCAAAUAUGGCAGUUAAAGCCAUUAGAACACAUAAAAAUUUGCAUAAAGUGAACAUAGAUAGAGAAUAAGUCAAAGACUAAGCCCUGGCGCCUUCCAUUUAGAGGUGAGGAAAAAAUGUAAAACCAUGAUAGGAGACUGAGCCAGGACUAAGUGAUAUUUCUAUAUCCAAACAAGAAUAUGUCUGGGGAAAAUAGGUAAUCAAAUGCUGCUAGUAGGUUGAAUAAAACCACUGGGAACGAGCACUCGUAAAUAUUUUUUAAAACUCCUGGAAAGUAGCAGCAGCAUCAUAACUCUCCAAACACCAAAUUCUGGCCUGAAUUUCUUGUAACUCCAUUUCCUGUAGAACUAUUGGCCCUAAUCUUUUGUCUCCAGCAACCGAGCCAUCCUUAAAUGAGCACUUCUCAUCUGUGUAGUCAGCUUUAAGUGCACUGUUAUGAUAUAUGAUAUACUGAAUUAUGAAAAUUCAUAUUAGAUACAAUCAUGUCCAUUUAAGUGUGCACCUGAUUGAUCGACUGUGUUUGCACUGAUUGGUCAUUAGGCUUAUAACUUUGUAAUUCAGUAUUGCAUUACAUGUUACAACAGUCAUACUAAAUACAUACCUCUGGCUGACAAUCUUAAUUUAGGUUUAUCUGGGGAAAUAGGGCUUAUACUAAAAGCAUCCUAAAAAAUCAUGCUAGGUCUCAUUUUCAAGGAAAUGAAAUAUAAAGUAAAUAACAGAAAACUCUUUAAGCAAUGUGAUUCCCAAACUACUCUGUUGAUUGGCCUUGUCCAUCCAAGUAGAAGAUGGAAAUUUAUUCUCUAGAUGUGUGUUUUCUGGAGAAGACAGGAGAUAAGACCCCAAGUGAGUACCAUGUCAUGAGCAAUUGAAUCAAGUUACUAUGUACUACUAAAUAGGGAAUGCUUAGAUUUAUGGCUGCCUGAAUGCCUUCCAUGUCACUGACAGUCAAGGCAUAGCUUCCAGGUGAAAGAUUUUAAAACUAUUAGACUGGUGGUGCUACCUGAAGGCCUGCACAGUGAAUUCCACCUAGCCAUGCAAGCUUGGCACCUCAUUCAGAACUUGGUAGGGCCUCAUUCAGUGCCCCUAAAUACCCAAAGGCCUGAGGUAGGUCAUUCAGGUUAUGGCUGGGCCAUGCCCGGUGACCUCAAGUGUCAGAGGAAUUGCAUGGACUGAGCGGCCUGACCCAUAGACCUGCACAGUGAACUCCACCUAGCCAUGCAACACUGGCACCUCACUUAGAACCUGGUAGGGCCUCUCCUAGCAUCCCCAAAGGGCCAGGACCUUUAAGUCACUUGGGUCCUGGCUGGGCCCCACCUGUGCUGAGUAGGGUGAGUCAAAGGCCUGCACAGCAAACUCUAUGUAGUUAUGCAAACUAGGUAUCUUGCUCAAAACCUGGUAGAGCCCCAGCUAACAUCCCCAAACAUCUGGGGAGCUUUGGUGCACCCUGUAGCAUAAACUCAAGGCCUGUACAGCGUACUCCAUCUAGCUGUUCAGCCUUGGUACACCACUCAGAACCUGCUAGAGUCUCACUCAGCAACCUCAAACAGCCGGGGAGCUGUAGAGUGCCAUGUAGGGUAUGUUAAAGAUCUGCCUAGCAUACUACUCACAUUUGAGGAGAUUCCAAGUGCCACUAGGGACCUUGUAAGACCUGCCUAAUGACCCCCACUAAACUGGAGAAACUCCCCUGCAGUACCAAUAGACAUCCUCAACCCUCAGGGAAGCAACUGAGACCUUGCGUUCAGCUUACCCAAGGGAAUACAGGAAAAUGAAGAGAAAAAUGCAAUCUCAAGCCUCCAGCCCAUUCCAAACAAGCCUAGGAGACAUGGAUAUAGAAGAGAGUGUAAGCCAUGCACCUGAAACUUCUGAAGUGAUAGCAAGUAAAGAGACAACUCCAGGGAGCUGUAAAGGAAAUCACAUCAGAAAUAAUCUGCCAGAUAAAAGAAGAAAUGAUAAACAUAAUAAAAUAAAUGCUGAACACAUCUAAAGAAGACAUAUUGUAAAAACUGAGGAACACUGCAAAAAAAUGGAAACCUUGAAUGAACAAUAUAAGACAGAAAUAGAAUGCUAAAACAGCUUCAAACAGAUAGUCAAAAAGUCAAAAAUUCCAUAACAAGGAAUCAGAAAAUAACAAUUAAACAAUUGCAAGAGGAUACAAAGCAAAACAAUAUAAGAUUAAUAGGUGUAAACAAAAAGGUGACAACAAAAAUGAUAUCAAAAUACUAUUUAGAGAAGUAAUGGCAGAAAUUUCCCAAACAUAGGAAAGGAAACUGACAUACAGAUAAGUGAAGCAUAUAGAACUCCAAUUAGCCAAAACCCAAAUGAAACUAUACCCAGACAUAUAAUAAUCAAUAUCCCAGAAAUUCAGCAUAAGAAUGGAAUAUUAAAAGCUGUUAGAGAAAAGAGACAGAUUACAUAUAAAGGAAAGCCAUAAGAAUCACAGCAGACUUCUCAAGAAAUAGUGAAGUCAAGAAGAAUAUGGAGUUAAGUAUUUCAAAUCCUAAACAAAAAUGACUUCCAACCCAGAUUGAUGUACCUUGCAAAACUGUCCUUCAAAAAAUUAAUGGAGAAAUAAGAUACUUGCACAACAAAGAACAGCUGAAAAACUUAAUGACCACCAAACAAAUCCUGCAAAGAAAACUAACAGGUAUUCUAGAUAGACAUAAAAAUAACUGUGACUUCAAGAAUACCAGCAAACCACUGAGCAAGGCAAACAAUUAAACACAGGGGAAAGGUAAAGAAGCAAAAACAGAAAGAUAACAUGAAAAAAUGAGCCAAUAGAGCUAAGGAUUUAGCUCAGUGGCAUAAGUGCCUGUCUGGCAAGUGCGACAUGAGUUUGAUCCUCAGUAACAAAAAAAAAAAAAAAAAAAAAAAAAAAAAAAAAAAAAAAGGCAUGAGGCAAUAUAUAUCACUUAUAACCAUUAAUGUAAAUGCCUUAAUUCAUCAAUUAAAGGAUACAGACUGGAAGAAUGGAUCAAUAUACAACAUCCAAGCAUAUGCUAUAUACAAGAAACCAAUUUAACCCAAAGGAAAUUCAUAGACUGAAAGUCAAAGGAUGGAAAACAAUACUUCAUGCAACAGGAACCCAAAAAAAGCAGGGGUAGCUAUUCUAUUUGCAGACAACCUGAACUUCAAACCAAGAAUGAUCAAAAGAAAUAAAGAAGGUCACUACAUAAUUGUUAGGGGAAAACUUUAAAAGGAAGAAAUAAUAAUCCUAAAUAUAUGUAUGCACACAGAAAUUAAUAGCAUUCCUGUACACAAACAAUAAACUCACUGAGAAAAAUAAGAAACCACACCCUUCACAAUAGCACCCAAAAAAUUGAAAUACUUAGGAAUCAAUUAACAAAGAAAGUAAAAGACCUUUUUAUUGAAAAUUAUACUACUCUGUAAAAAGAAAUUGAAUAACAUCUUAAAAACUGGAAAGACAUUCCUUGUUCAUGGAUAGGAAGAACAAACAUUAUGAAAACGGCCACUCUCCCAAAACUGUUAUGCAGAUUUAAUGCAAUCCUAAUCAAAAUACCAUUAACAUACCUCACUAAUUUGGAGAAGUCAUGGCUAAAAUUCCUCUGGAAUCAGAAAAGACCUAAAAUAGCAAAGGCAAUUCUGGGCAACAAAGGCAAGGCAGGAGGCAUCACAAUCCCUGACUUGAAAUUAUACUACAAAGCUACUAUAAUAAAAUCAUCAUUUCUAGAAUAAAAACAGACCUGAAAAUCAAUGGAAUAGAAGAUCUGACUACAACUACAAACAGACUCAGCCACCUUAUCUUUGACAAAGGAGCAAAACACAUUGCCUGGAAGAAAGAUAUCUUCUUUAAUAAGUGGUGCUAGAAAAACUGGCUUCCCAUAUGCCAAAAGCUAAAACUAGACCCACAUCUAUCACCGUGUAUUAAACUAAAAUCAUACAUGGAUCAAAGUCCUAAAUACUAAAACAAGCACUAAAUCUGCUGGAAGAUGAAGUAGGUAGAAAUCUUGAAGACAUAGGAAUAGGCAAAAAAAUUCAUGAAAUACUUCCCAGAAUCAACAACUGGGAUCUCAUCUUAUUAAAACGUUUUUGCAUGUCAAAAGAAAUCUCCAGCAUAGUGAAAAGAAAACCCACAAACUGGGAAAAGAUUUUAGUGAACUCUCUCUCAGACAAGGGACUGUUGUUCAAAUUGGCUAUUAACACUCAUAUACCAUAUACUUUCAUGUAAGUACAGAAGCAGAUUACAUUGCUGCUAUAUAUUUAGCUGGCCUUACAUAUGGCCUUAAGACCAUAUGCUCAAAUUGUAGUGAGUCUUGUGUUUGAUAGAAUUUUCUCAAACUUCGCUCAUUGACUUGCUUGGAAUGGAGCAUCUUUUAACUCCAUACUGAAGCAGCAGCUAGACUGUUAGCCUCUCUUUUCCAGGAAACUUAUAUAACUGUAGCACUAUUAUCCUUUCUUUACAUAGCUAGAUUUGUGAGUGCUAAUCUGAUUUUCAAACCUGAACAGUGUUCGAUCUAGGGAUUCCCAAAUAAGAGAAUGGUAAAAUAUUUUCUAAUAUGAAAAUUUGUCUAAUUUCCAAAACUAAGUCAAAACUGAUCCAACAUUUAGGUUCACUAUUAUCAAUAGCAGGUGAGUUGUUCCACUCAAACAGGAAUUCCUAGCUUUCUUGUGUAAGAUUUGGCAUGUUUACUUAAGAUCGAUAAGGCCAAUUCUUGUUUUCAUUUAAUUGUACACUAAGAGAAUUUUGAAAUCUAUACAUAUUUUCUAAGUCUAGAUAAUUGAGAAUUAGUUUUAGGGCCAUUGUUCCUGAUGUUUCAUAGGUUUAAUGAGCUACUCUUAACCUUAGAACUUUGUUGUUUUUUUAAAAGAAAUACCCCAUAUCACAUCAGUUUUACAUUCUUCAAUUCCAUAGUUAAUGAACAUAUAUACGCACAAAAAUAAGAAUGCAGUGUUACAACUUCAAUAUAAAGAAAUAAAUAGAAAAGUUUAUUUUUCAAAUUAGACCUCUGUGACAUGACCAAAAGACACAAUGAAUUAUUCAUUGCUUAUAUAGUAAUCAUAGAAUCACUGUAAUGUAAUGGAUGGCAAAAUGAUACAGCUAUAUUGUAUUUCUGACUUAAAUACUACAAGCUUCACCUACAAGCACUGUCUUCAGCAUAUCCUAAAAAACAACCUAGCCAAUGUGCUAUCUUUUUUUAUCCAUUAUUAGAAUUCUGUCGAAAAACACAGAUCUCUAUGAGGGUUUUUCAUAUCAGGAAAUAUAGCACUUACAUUGUCACUAGAAUGAAAGAAGUGGUAUUUGGUAGGAUAAAUAGUGCAUUUACUAAUCAGAGCUCCUGCUUCCACAAUCCUGAUCUGUGGUACACGAGACCUUCCAUUUUCCCUAAUAUCUUGUUUUUUGUUUUUGUUUUUUUUAAAGAAACCACCAAAUCACUCCUUCUAUUGUGUCAGCACCUCACAACUGUGAUGGUUUAAUCCUAAGAGAAGCUGGACUUAAAUGGUAGAGUUAUAACCAGAAAACACUUCCAGACAUUCUUAAGCUAAAACUAACUUGUGAUAUUGUUAAGCUUGGACUCCAAAGGUUGCCCUUUCAUGUCAAGAAUAAUCAUAUGUAUAAACAAAGCUUUGAUUUUCUCCUUAGCUUUCAACCUCUUAUGAGUCUGUUUAGGGAAAGCUUACUUGCUUGUGAAGAGUAUCAUCACUGGACCAGUGUCCCUAAAAGAGCAUCUUUAAGAGGGUGGAGGUUAUCUGUCCUAUGCAGUUUUCUCUCUAACUAUGAGAAAAGAUCCAACCUCAAGUGGGACAGCCCACACAUCAUAUCAAAGAUAUUUAAAUGUUCCAGAGACUUAAUAGACUAUUUUAUCUCUCAUUUUUCUAGCCUCAUUUUUCUACUUAAUGUUCUCCAAAAAAGUGUAAGAUUUUGCUUGAGUUUUGGAUACAUAUGUAGUUUUCAUUAACUGAGACAAUUAAGAGGCAGUAGUAAGUGUAGUAUGCUUGAUUAAUCAAGAAAUUUUUAGAGGCAAGGCCCUUAAGGAUAAAGGAUGCAGGGUAAGGAUGGGGAAGUUAACUAUCAAUACACUUGGAUUUAUGUAUCUAAAAAUAUCAAAUGUUAAGUGUUGUACUGGAAGGUUACUGUCUUGGAAUUCUGACUUAUUACUCAACAUGUAGCACCUGUGAUUCAUGUGAUUUAUGUACCUCAAGGAACUCAGAAAGUCCAAGAGGUGCUAUGUCUGAACUGACUCCUAAUAUGAGGUGUGAUCUAGAAAUACAGUGAACAUUGAAAUUAAAAUUUUUGGGGAUACAACAAAAUAAUUUUUCUUUUUUUAAACUGCCAUUUUUCAUAAAUAUUAACAUUUUGAUUCUUACAUUUCUGUAAAAAUAGAAAAGACUCAAAAUAGUUUAAACAACUUUGAUAAAGGGACAAAAUUAGAGCUUCCAAGUCACACAACUUAUCACAAAGUUACACCAAUUAUGACAAAACAGCAUUGAUAUCAAGAUAGACAAACCACCAAAGUACUAAUAUAAAGCCCCAAAAUAGAUAGCCACAUAACAAACAACUGAUUUUGGCAAAGAUACAAAAGAAAUUAAGUGGAAAAGAUUGUACACUCAAUAAAUACACCAGAACAACUGGAUAUCCACAUGCAAAAAAUCCAAACCUUUUAGCACAUCAAAAAAUUUCUUAAGUCAUCCAAAAGUCAACUCAAAAUGGUUCACAGUGGAUUAAAGUAAAGACAGAUGUGGCCUGAGUCGUUGCUUGGCUGUAGUAAUUCUCUCUGGGAUAAAAUACAUGUUUUUCCCUUAUCAUACUAAUGAAACAAUACAAUGUUUAUUAUACAUGCAUGACAUUUAUUUCACUAAUCAAUAUGUUCUCAAAGUGUAUCCAUUUACCUAUAAAAAUAUCCAUUUUAUCAUUCUUUAUGGCUGAAUAGUAUCCCGUUAUAUAGAAAACCACAUCUUUUUUAUCCAUUCCUCAGUUGAUGGGCAUUUAGGUUGUUUCCAAGAUCUGACUAUUAUAAACUGUGCUAUUAUAAACAUGGGUGUACAUAUAUCAUUGUGGUAUGAUGUUUUUAAUUCUUUUGGGGAGAUACCCAGAAGAGGACUAGCUGGUUUGAAUGGGACCUCCAAUCCUAGUUUUUUGAAGAAUCUCCAAACUGAUUUCCAUAGUGGUUGCACCAAUCUGCAUUCCCACCAUAAAAUUUAUUUUAAAGACACACUACUAUUAAUCUCUCUCCAAAUAUUUCCUCUUGUUUUGAACACACUUAGUUCAUCAUUCUUGCUACUUUAUAAAACAGUUCUGGAAAUCCUCUUUUGUGAAUGUCUUUAUAGCUGUCCUAUUGUGGUCUUCUCAUUGUCGUAGACUGAUACAAAACCCUUAUCUUUCAUGGUCAUUUUGACUAGGGAAGAACAAGAAGUUAGUUGCACAGUACCAGAACCAGUGAGUAAGGUGAAUGAGGAUAUACUGAAAAGCUUUUAUGUAAUGGCUUUCUGGCACUCAGCAGCAGUGUUCAUAUUUUUUUAUAUCUCUUAAAGACACAAAAGACUUCCAGAACUGGUUUAGAAAAUGGGAAGACAAUUGGAUAAGUGUGUUUGAAAUAAGGAAGAUUAUUUUGAAGUGAGGGAGAUUAAUCAUCUAAUGGAAUAUAAUUUUUAAAUUUAAAUAUCAUAUUUUGAUCACAUCUAGUACCUUUAGGAAAUCAUGACUAUGAACUGUGUAACAAAUGCAUUUUUCUCAAGGGUGACAUUUAAUCCUGACAUUGUUAUAUAUGCUUAGAAUGGCUCUAUUCCUUUCAUUCAACCUACCAGUUCAGUCAUCAACAUUUUCUGCUAUCAUUUACUUCUUUACCUUGUUGUUUACCCUGUAGUUCAUAUUCACAGUGGUGGAAAGCACUGCUAAAAGACUUUUUUAUUUUUUAAAUUUAAAAGCAUUCUAAUUCCCCCAUUCAUAUUCAAAUGAAAGAGAAAAAAGAAUUAUAGUAUUAUUUGAUCCCAGAAAAAUAUCACUAACAGCUACAUAUGACAUAAACAACAGUCCUGGCUCCUUAUUCACACCACUGAAAAACGUACAUGUGGUACUGUACAUGUGGUAGUGCACAACGUUCAUAUACACAGACUUUUACUACAUAGUAAUUUUGACUUCUACAUCUGCUUUUUCUCUGUACCAUAGCCUCUCACCAAUAAGAAGCUAGGAAGGACUAUGGAGAAAGAAAAACUUUAAAAAAUAAGUAAAUCUUUUAAUUUUCCAAGCAAUAGACAACAGUCAUCAGAAGCCAUAAUCUAAGCUGCAGAUACCACUUCUCUUCAGGAUACAUCAAUAUUGUCUAUAUUAGUUAAAAAUUUCCUAUAGUUAUGUAGACUCAUAGAUAUAACUGGUUUCUUCAUUUUCAGCCUAAAGUUGUAUGUUUAGUCAGAUUAACCUCUUCUGUUGAAUGUUUCUCUGAUUACUUUCUCUGCCCCCCUUCAAUACCACAAAGUGUACAAAAAGUUAAUUCUCAAUAUCUGCAUGUCCAGUUUUGACAUCUGCUGGUUUGAAACAGUUUUCUAAAAUUACAAAAUGUCAGAACACAAAUGCAACUUUUAUUGGCUUAAAUCUUGAGUCUACCACCUAAAUCUAUCCCUUUUCAUUAAAACUAUGCAUUAAAUUACUGGACACCAGAUAAAAUACAUGGAAAAAUAAGAAAAAUUAUGUAGGGCAUAUUUGAGGUUGCAUGGGAUAGGAGUAUAGUCAACAAGGCUGUAAGUUUUUGUGUUGUUUUGUUUUUCUAUGCAAAAAUAGUUAUUAAGCCACUAAAAAUUUUUACGUGUUUUUAAAGCCAUAUUAACAUUUUCUGGAUGUGUAAAGUUACUUUAUAUAAAUGCUAGAAAUGAGCAAAACAAGAACUCAAAAACCAUGGUUUUAAUAAUUUUGUUAGGUUAUAAAUUUUAUAUGAUAUAUCAACUAAGAAAAUACUAGGAUAUUUUACUUUUUAGAUAGGAUUUUAAAAAUCUGCUUAAGCACGUCAGCUUUACUCUGUGGUUUUCAAACACUGGUAUGGGUGCACAGACUUUUUAAAGCCUUUGGGCACAAAACUGGUAAAAUGUGGUUUUAGUUAUUGACAUGCCUGUGCAACAAAGCAUUUGAGAGGUGUGACUGACAAACAGGAGUGUAUAUAAGGGAAAACCUAUGCUUAUGUUUGCCUCAGUGACUUUAUUAGCCACACCUUAACUGCAAAUUGUAAACUGUCAUUCAAAGUAGCACAGUGAUGUUUUAAACAAGUCAUAUUCUAAUAUCCCUACUUUUUUUGCCUUAAUGCCUAGAGGUAAAUUCAGAAAGUACUCCUAUGUUUUGACUCAUGAGAGCAUCCAUCUGAAAAAAAUUAAGAAACCCUAAUAGUAAAGAGCAAUGCAAAGAAGAUUUAUGGAAGCAUACAUACAUGUAAAUUGUAUAUUUACACAUCACAAUUACCUAAUUCAAUCUUCAUUAUAGUUCAGCAGCUAUUUCAGAUUGAGAACAAAGAAAAUCAUGCCAUUAGUUUUUGAGGCAAAUUUUAAACCAAUAUUAAAAACAUAUUCUUAACUAUAUACUGAAUUAAAAUACAUUAAUAUCAAGGACAUCACUGGAGACCUUUAUUAUCUUUAUAAAGAAUUAUAGAACAAUCUAGUUUAAAGCAUGGUAUAUUUUAUGAGACAUACCUACUACUACUUUACAUUUUAAAAUAAAUUCACAAGGCUCUUUGCUGGUUCUUGCUUGCUGUUUACAGUCGCCAUGAACUGCAGCCCAGCCAUGCCCGCCUGUCUUAGAGCCAACUGAGUGUGGAUUGAAAUCUCCAAAAAGUACACUCUGUACCCAGGAACGAACUAAGCUGAGAGAAACCAACUGGAAAUGCACUCCUGAUGCUAUGACCGGAAGAGAUAAAAUCUCAGUGCUGAAGCUGGAACCCGUGUCUCUGAAAACUGUGAUUUUAAUUUCCUGCCGCAGCUGCUGUGUCUGAAUCAGCACAGCAGGGAUAGAGAUGUGAAAGCUCUGAGAGCAGGAAUCAGUGAACCGAAUUGAGAGUGCAACUGGUGAGGAGCCCUCCAUCGGCCUGCAGUGAGUGGGAGGAAUGGGGACCCUUCCAUAGACUACAAGGCUCCAAAAGGACAUUUGGGGACCAGGCAAACUAGCCAGAACAGGACACUGCAGUGACUUUAGUCGCAUAUUCCCCUUUCAAGCAGGAUUGGUGGGGAGCACCUGACCUGGAUAAAGCCAUGGACUAAGACCAAGUAGGCUAGCACAAACCAGGUCCCAGUGCCUGGCAGUGCACUCUAGCAGUGAAGCCUUCAGGAGGUUGACCUGGAGGGGCGAGCCCAACAUAUGCUGCCCCAGUCUAUGUCUCCCUAGUACACUGCAGGGGGUGGGAACACAUACCCAGUGGAUUCAAACAAACUGUAACUGACAAAGAAAGAAACUGAGCCUCCUAUAUAUACCUAUAUGAGAGGAACAAAAAAUAUGAGAAGAGGAGGAUGGAUCCUCGGUCCCCAAUCCUGAGAACACUGAUCCAGGAAAGGUAAAUGCAAAGGAAUGAGGCCAGAAAACAUGCAAUAUCAAACACAGCACCAAUAGGCAUAAAGCGAUAUCUCCGGAGCCUCAUAGACAAGUUCAAAAGUGAAGUAUUUAACGAAGUAAAGCAAGAUAUAAGUAGAAUAGCUAGAGAAAUGCUAAGCACCGCCCAAGAAAAAACAGAUGGUAGAAUGGAAGAACAGAAAAAAAGGGGAGAAUUGUUUGAUGGAGAAAAUAGAGAAAACAUAGAAUACAUAAGGCAAGUUCAAAGAGAUUACCAAGAAACUAAAAACUCUAUUGAAAGAUGGUGUAAAAGCUUGAAAGAAACUAAGGACAGAUUAUCUGAACUGGAGGACAGAUUUGUAAUGUGGGAGCAUGAAAUGAAAAACUUCUUAAAAAUAACAAGGAAACAGCAAUAAUACAAAGGCAGGAGGAUGAUAAGAGGAUCUACAACUUAAGCGUAAAGGAAGAAGUACGGACACAAAUAAACUACAAAGGCUAUUCACAGAAAUAAUCCAGGAGAAUUUCCCUAAUUUAGCAAAAGGUAAAGAUACUCAGAUGAAUGAGGCAUACAGGACCCCAGCCACCUAAACCCAAACAGAGCAACACCCAGGCAUAUAAUAAUCAAAUUCCAGAAAUCUAAUAUAAGAACAGAAUAUCAAAAGCCGUCAGAGACAAGAAACAGAUCACUUACAAGGGAACACCCAUCAGAAUUAUAGCAGACUUCUUGGCACAAACCAUCAAAUCAUGAAGAGCAUGGGGGGAAAUAAUUCAAGCUUUGAAAGAUAAUAACCUCUAGCCAAGAUUAAUAUAUCAUGCACAACUGUCCCUAGAAAUUAAUGGAGAAACAAGGUGCUUCCAGGAUAAAGAGGAACUGGGGGAAUUUGCAACCACCAAUUCUACUCUACAGAGAAUACUGCAGGACAUUUUAAAAAAGGAAAAUACCAGGAUUCCAGAAACAGUGGCAGAGAGGCCACAAUGAAUGGAGCAGCAAGCGAAAA